CGGAGCUGACUAAACCUCAAGUCAUGUUACACACUGAUGUGAAGUGUGUAUUUAAUUACAAUUGAGUUUAAUCCCGCAAUAACAGUGUGUUUAUCAUAUUACGUUUACGUUGUUGAAGUACAACAUCUACAGCAACAGUUGUGAAAAUUGCCUCGUUGGUAAACUUUACUUGGAAAAAAAACAAGAGAAAGACUACAAUGUUCACCCUCAGUGUUUGCAUAAAGGACUUUAAAGGGAACAGCCCCCUGAUUAAAGAAUUCACAUAUUGUUUAAACUACAUCUACGGCCAUAGACUCAGUGAUUGUGAUCUUGUACCCAAGAUGAUGAUACCAAAUUGAGUUUAUAUUCCAGUACAAUCUGAACCGCAAUUCAAUCCUCAGUAUGGGGUAAUAACUUAAAGCCAAAUAAGUCAACAUUAUUGUCUAUGGAUCUGUGUGUACUGUAUCACAAUCUUAAUGAAACUGUUCCUUUUUUAUUCUUUGAUUUUCCAACUUUUGGUAAAAGUGGUCCAAAUUCCCAAAGCAUUAACUGAGUUGUCCAAGUGUAUACAUUUUCAUGUGAAUUCUGAUUAUCUACUCCAGUGACCUAAGGCAUGUUGCAUUGACUGUUUUAUGACAUACCACCCUAUGAACCAGAGUAGGUGUUAUUUAUUUCUGCCUGUUACCUUGAACAACUUAAACAUUUUUGUUUGCUCUCUUUAUCUCUAAGGCUUCCCCGGGACAGAGAUAUUUAUGGCAAAGCCAGACCACAAGACCACCCGGUGGAUAUUCUGACCUCCACAAAUGACCACCAACAUUAUUUCAUCAUCUGUCAUCAUGUCACCGCGAAAGAGAACCCUGGUCCCUGUAAGCAGCCGGCGGAAAGCUGUGGACGACUACUUCCCUUUCAACUUCCUGCCGGUAGAGUGCCAGCUGCACGUCUUGUCCUUUUUGAAUGAGGUAGAUAAAUGUAGCUGUGCCUUGGUUUGCUUGAGCUGGAGCUGCCUCGUCCGCUCCUGGAAGCUGUGGCGGGUGGCAGACUAUUCCCGUCGCGGUGUCUUCCAUCUGGGUCAGGAGGGACUGCUUGUCUCUAACCGUGAGUUUGAGAGGUGGAAGUCCUGGGUCCACCAUUACACUCAUCACCUCAUCUCCCGGCGAGCCAGCCUGCUCACACUAAAGGCCAGCUUUGACCUGGGGGAUCACUGCAACAAGUGGGGUGAGCUGCUGAGUCACCUGCUGGAUAAUGUCCACUGCAGAGACCUCAGCCACCUGGACCUUAACUGGACAUUCACUCUUCUCGAGCCACUGGACCUCAAUGUUCAUUCUGGCUCCAGUUCACACCAAGACAGCAUUACCAAGAUGGACCAGGUGACCAGCUUCCAGGAGCUGCUGACCAAACUCACCCACAGCUGCCCGCGCAUCUCCAAGAUGCGGUUACACUUCGACUGGUCGGAUAUGUCCAUGUCGCUGCUCACCCACUUCCAGCAGCUUCGAGUCCUCGAGCUCAAAUAUUUCUGGGUCUUUAAAGGAGUGACUCCCACGACGCUGCAGACCCUAACCAAAUCCCUGCCUAACCUGAAGUCUCUGACUUUACAAAUCCUAGUGCCGCUGAGGAACCUGGGCAUCUCGUACAUUCUGGAGUCUCAAUCUCUGGAGUUCCUGGACGUGUCGCCCAGCCGAGGCUUGGUCUUCUCCUGUCUGAAGCUACCUGCCCUGCGAGAGCUUCGAGCCAAGAAGAUCGUCCGCGGCAUCACCCUGGACCGGAGGACCAGGCUGAGGAUCCAGAGCCGCUGGCCCUGUCUGUACCACGUCCUCCGAGAGGGGACGCCCAAGCUCCAGGCCCUCAACAAUGAGAGGCUACUUCCCACGUGGAGAGAGGAGAGCUAUGUGGAGAUGUCAGCCAUCCUGGUGCAGUCCUGCUACUGUGUUCAGCAUCUAGACAGCUGGCUUUGGUAGAAACCUGCGUGACUGGAAAUGGGAGCACAUUCCUUCGGUGGACUUUAGCAAUAUGUUGCUUUUACACACACCAAGUGUCCCGAUUUGAAUGAACAUGUUUUUAGAGGGACACAUGCUUGCACAUAGUACAAAACAUUAGUCUUGAAAUGUAAUCAAAGGACUGCAAGUUUUCUUUUUAAUUCUUAAACAGGAAGCUGCUGUUACAGUUGGGAACACUUUCCCAAGACAAUAAAACGCAGCAAGUUAACUACUGUUUUAUUUAGUUUGCUCAUUAUCUCCGGGAAGCAAAGGCGCUUCAUGCUGAUUGCACUACGGAUGGGAAUUGAUACGAUUUCAUUGGUAUGAAUGCCAUUAUUGAUUCUGCUUAUCUGCCCAGUUCUUUAUAAUUCCCUUAUUGAUUCCUGAAAAAUGUUCUGUUUGGAAAAAAAACCAGCUAUAUUUCCCUGUCAGACACAUGUAACUCCUGCAUUAUUAUCCCAUGUUGCAUGGGAAGAUGUUUCAGCAUAUUGCUGGUGUUUCCACUUACCUGAAAUUAUAAUGUUACAGAUAUUAUAAGUAUCAGUGUUGUCAUCUUUCUUUGUGAAAUAAGGCCACACUUUGGACCCGUUCCUCUCAGCCAUGACUCCUUGAUAACCUCAGAAGCAUACCAUUUUGAUGGAUCGGACAAUUUGGAACCGGUUCUGGAUUCCACUCCUUAUGCACUGUGUUGUGUUGCCUGGAUUCAUUUCCCGCAGAAAUAACAACAUUAACUAUAACUCUACUCUAUGUAUUAUACAAAGAAGAACAGAUGGAUUGUAAUGCCUACUUAACGGUGUGGAGAUUGCCUUCCUAAACUAACUAAAAUACAAAAGUACGAUGUGAUGUUUUAUCUUCUGUCCUUUUUACCAUCAGCCCCCCUUGUUUUCUUCUGACAGCCGAGAAAUGGAAUCUGUGCUCUUGCAGUUAUCUUUCUAAUCAGCAGAGGUCCUUUUUGUCAAAGAUUUAGCCGUGGUGAUUUUUUACAAAGAGACUUAUGUUUACACAUGCACUCUUGUAACAAUUCUGAUCAGAUUCUGAUCAUUUCCCUCCAGUGCUUGUGCUCAUGUGUUGUACGAGGAGCAGAUGUGUGCUUGAGGGUAUGUAUGCUCUCCAGAAUAUCUCGAUGUAUAUGUGAGAUUUGGUUGAUAUGAUGAAUGUUUUGAAUGUAGAACAUUUCGCAAGAUUCUUGAUAAAGAACUGUAUUCGA